AUAAAGUUAUUUUGAUUCAAACAACAUGGCGGCGCGCAGUGGUUCUCCCAUGUUGUCGCUGGUGAAGACGUGAUUCUGUUUAACAGGGAUUCCUCUGCGUUAACAUCCAGCUGAUUUUGUUUGUCGAAGCAGAAAUGGCCACUCAAAAGAAGCUGGGGAAAAAGGAACUCAAAAGGCCGCCUCCAGGUAAGACCUCCCUCGCCUCACCCUUCAACCCAACAUGGAGCCCACUCCCCCAAGAGGACAUGCAGUUCAUCCUGCUGACCCUGAAGGACAAGCUGUUCUCCAUGGGCCUUGAGAAGAAAGAGGUGAAAAUAUUUCGCCCAUGGAGGAAGAAGAAGAAGGAGCAGGAAUCUGCUGCUGCUGCUGCUGCCGCCGCCGCAACACCGGAGCUCGUCGCUGCUGCUGCCGCUGAAACACCGGAGCCCGUCGCCCAGGUGCAGGAUUCUUCUAAAAACGGCUGGACAGAUGUGGCGGCCCGACGACAGCUGGCCAUUGGCAUCAACGAGGUCACCAAGGCUCUGGAGAGAAAUGAGCUCAGAUUGGUGUUGGUGUGUAAGUCCGUCAAACCCAAUCACAUGACAAGUCACCUGAUCCCUCUGAGUGCAACGCGAGGAGUGCCGGCGUGCCAGGUUCCCCGGCUGAGCCAGAGCGUGUCGGAGCCGCUGGGGCUGAAAAGUGUCCUGGCACUGGGAUUCAGACGCUGUGCCUCCCGUGACAAGGACAUCUUCACCGACACCGUUGAGGCCAUAAAACCCAGAGUGCCUUCACUGAACAUUGCAUGGCUACCGGGUGCAGCUCCACCCGGUGGUGCAGCCGCUGUGACUCCUGACGACCCUGCAGACAUGGAGGAUGAGGCGCCGGCUGGAGAGAAGGGAGGCCAGAAAAGAAAACUGGAGAGUGAGACUGAGGCGGUGACAGAGUCUCCCUCCUCCUGGACUCUGCAGCGGCUCAUAGUGAAGAGAGUAGUUGCUAAUCCUGCAAAGAAAAAGAAAAAAAAGUAGACUGUCAAACUAAAGAGAAUGUCUGGCUGAAUGUUGUUGGACCACUCCUGUGUUAUUUCAUGUUAUAGCCCGGAGGCUCCCAACGUUUUCGUCCUGGUGACGUCUGGUCACAGGUUAGUUCCUGGAUAUGGGAUGGAUUUAUUAUUUAGUUUUAAGAACUUUUAGAGAUUUUGAGAGGUGGGGGAUAUCCAGUGUUUUAUUAUGUUACCAUGUUGUUAUUCAUUAGAUUAAUCUUGGGAAUCCUGCUGACUCCCAUGUGUUGAGAUUCACUGUUGUUUUCCACCAUUUCAACCAUUCAGCAGUUAGUUUAUAAUCCCUGAAUAUAUUUUGUAAAUCAACUCACCAGAAACUUGCUUGGCCAAAUAUCGUCUAUUACAGCUUCUCCAUGAGUUUUUGGAUCCUUUAAUGAACAAGUAAAACAAUAUUCUUGCUGCACUGACAUGAAUGGAGACCCGUAGCAGGAUGGACUGAUGGCAAGAAAAACUCUCAUACACUAUGGUUUUGAGGAUGAACUGCAGUUUAUAUGAAUCAGUGACUUAGUUAAAAAGUUUAAUGGUCCCUUUUGAAUUUAGUUUUUGUCAAAAUGUGAUAUUUAACAGACAAAACAUAGAACAAACAAAUCUAAGUGUUGGUAAUUAUUGAUUUAAAUAACUGGCAAUGUGUUGUUUGGCUUUUUGAUGAAUGUGACAAAAACAGAAUUUGCAGUGUUUGUAAUGAACAGACCAUAAUAAACCACAGGCGUGUACCUUU